CCACGAACCAGCAACGUUCACAACCCCGCCCUGUAUCGCGCCAGCCCACCCCGGCUCUCCACCACCGACCGGGGGCACAGUCUCCACUGCGCCGAUUCGAGUCUCCCAGGGUUCAGAGACCCCGAUUCGAAUACUUUCACCUCCAGCUUCUCACCAACACUGAUCCAAAACACUUCCUUGAUUGUCCAUCGUCGAACCAGAAAAGCCUCCAGAGAAUCGGCCGCAAUCCUACCCCGAAUCCCAGCCGGCGCGGCUGUUUUACAGCUUGACAGACCGUCUACUCGAACAAUGUCUCUAGCCAGCAGCAGCUCAUCAUCCGUGGUCGGCACGCCCGGAUCGGCCAUGGUUGAGACGCCUCUCACGCCGCCGCUCGAAACUCCUCCUGCAAAAGAGAAACGGCGGCAGAAGUUCUUGCGCGGCAUUCAACGGAUCGGAUCGUCGUCAUCGCUAACAAACAUUGGCCGCGCUCGUUCCUCAAGCGCUCCGUAUGGCACUCGAGGUACCAUUUCCUGUGUCAGUCUGGCUGGCACGCCAGCAUAUGGCCAAUUCACCCCUGGCACUCCGAGCAGUCUGAUGAAGAGCUACUUUCCAGAGAACAUCAACUCCGGCCAGGGUUCACCAGCGGUCGAAUUUCCAUCCUUCGAAGACUCCGAUUCUCAAUUGGCUGCGAGAAAGAUUAUCGGCGGGUCUACCACAUGCCUUACCCCAGGCUCUAUCGCCUUGCCUCGCGAUGUAGUUGCCACGAGAUCACGGUCAGCCACAGUUCAGAAGCCUCCCUACGACUUUUGGGCCAAUAUGCCGGACGAGGUCCGAAUCCAAAUUUUCGCAUACCUGCAGCCAAAAGAACUUGUCCGGGCAUCUCGUGUCAGCAAGGACUUCUACAAGUUCGCCUUUGACGGCCAGCUCUGGACCCACCUGGAUGCGACUGAGUUCUACCAGGAGAUUCCUGCGGAAUCUCUCGCCAAGAUUGUCGUGGCCGCUGGUCCCUUCAUCCAGAAUCUCAAUCUUCGGGGCUGUCUCCAGAUCGAGCAUUACGAGCGCGCAGAGGCAGUUGUCAAUGCCUGCAAGAAUCUCUACAACGCCAGCCUCGAAGGCUGCCGCAAUUUCCAGAGACAGACACUGCACGGCCUUCUCAAGAACAAUGUCAAGCUGGCCAACCUCAACCUCACCAGCCUGCCUGCUGUCACCAAUAGUACAUGCAAGAUCAUCUCCCAACACUGCCCUCAGCUCGAGACUUUGAAUGUCUCUUGGUGCAAGCAGAUGGACGCACGUGGUGUCCGCAUGGUAAUUCAGGGUUGUCCCAAACUCCGCGACCUACGGGCAGGCGAAGUCAAGGGUUUUGACAAUGUCGAGGUUGCUCAGGCCAUCUUUGAGACGAACAAUCUGGAACGCCUGGUUCUCAACGGCUGCAUUGAGCUCACCGAUGAUGCUCUCAAGACCAUGAUCGUCGGCACUGAUCCUGAAAUUGAUAUUUUGACGGACCGCCCAGUGGUCGCACCACGCCGUUGGCGACAUCUCGACCUGAGCAGAUGCACUCGGCUCACAGACGAUGGCGUCAAGUCUCUCGGAUAUAACGUUCCUGACCUUGAGGGAUUGCAGCUCAAUGGUUGCUCCGCCUUGACUGACUCUGCUUUGGAGCCCAUCCUCGCCACCACUCCUCGACUCACACACCUCGAAUUGGAGGAUCUGGUUGACCUGACCAACGAUCUCCUGUCAGAGCAUCUCGCAAAGGCACCAUGCGCACCGAUUCUAGAGCAUCUGUCCCUGAGCUACUGCGAAAACCUUGGUGACGCUGGUAUGGUGCCAGUGAUGAAGCAGUGUGUGAGCCUCAAGAGCGUCGACCUGGACAACACCCGAAGCGGCGAUCUUGUCCUAGCUGAGGCUGCUGCUACUGUGCGUGGCCGUGCAGCAAGAACCACCAGCAGCGACUCCCAGCCCAAAAUUGGCAUGCGUCUUGUCGUUUACGAUUGCCAAUUCGUUACAUGGACAGGAAUCCGGGAGGUCCUUUCAUGGAACGCCGAGGUUCGCCAGCCGAUGCCAGCAACCCAGGACGAAAUCGACGCUCCUCCUACUGCUUCCUACCCAACUGAGAUUAUCGGACUCAAGAGCUUUUAUGGCUGGCAGCAAACCGUCGAGCAGCACACCGCUCGUGUCUUAAAGGGCGAUUUCGCAUCCGCUGCCAGGCUGGAACGCAAGUGGGCUGGCUACAUGCAAGCUGUCGAAGAGGCGGGAGCUGGAGGCGCCGGCGUGCGGCGGCGGCGCCGGAGGGCUCGCGAAGCACAGAUGCUGCACGCUCAUGAGGAGGGUGUCAAUUUGAUCACAGGCAGGCGCAGAGCCCGAACCGUCGCAGGAUCGUGUUCUGUGAUGUAAAGGCACAGCUAGCUGGGAGGACGCUCGAUGGAAUCGUCUUUCCUUCUUUGGGUUCGCUCUCGCUGCAUUUUCUCGGCAUGUCGUUAUGCGAUUGGAAGGGUACGGCGUUUUCUGGUGUUCCACUUUUGACUUUUUUUCUCACUUUCACGGACGGCGUUGGCUAGGCACGAGGCGUAUGGCGCUGGCAUGGCAGGUAUCACUGGGACAUUGAUUUUCACGUUCUUUCCAUUUGCAAGCGGAACCUGACGACAAGUUUGAGUCGAGGGACUGCGAAGAGAGUCUGUCGCGCAGUUUCUGCCGCAUUUCAUGUCAAAUAGAGAUUCCGGUGACGAUAGAGCGCCGCAGUUAGGGCAAGAAUGACUACAUUUACAUUUGUUCUAAA